GCUCUAAAUCUAUAUUUAAUCAAAGUCAGAUUAUGUUUGGUGUGCCAAGUUAUCAAAUUGCAUUGUAUAAAUACGAUGCAUGAAGCAAAUAGAAGCACGUUUCUCGUUUCGACCACUCAAUGAACAGAUCCAAGUAGACAAGAUGUUCAAUUAUCUCCUCGUUGCAGCACUGCUGCCAGCCAUGACUCUGGCUGCUGUUGAUUUCAUUCCUUGCGAUAAUAAUGCCCCAGUAGCUGAAAGCCUGACCGUCAAUGACUGUUCUGGUUCGGUGUGCCAGCUGACUGUUGGAGAGCCUUUGAGAGCGGUUGCCAGUGGAAUCGUAAGUCCAAUCGAUAGUGCCACGGCCGAAGCACAUAUCGUUGUUCGUGUCGGGGGUUUGAAUAUGGGAUACGAGAUGCCACCGGAGUAUGAAGACGCAUGCACCAAUGGAAUAGAAGGAGGCUGCCCGCUCACUGCUGGAACUGCUUUUACCUAUAUUUUUGACAGUGAAGUUUUAGAUGUGCCGGCUCGUGGAACUACCGCAGAAAUUGAGGUCGGCCUGACCGGUGACGGUGAUGUUGCUUUGGGUUGCCUGAAAUUCAACGUAGUCGUUAACUAACGAUAUUAGUUUGUGACCCGUGAAUUUUACUCAUGAGAUAGCGUAGCAAUACAUCGAUGCAGCCGAGCAGCGGAGAGUAAGAGUGUACACCGAAAAUAAAAAUUAGU